GAGGGAGAGAGAGAGAGAGAGAGAGAGAGAACAGAGAAAUCACUGAAAGCACUCUGUCAGACAUACAGCAGAAGGGCAUGCAGAACAGGCUCAAGUAUGGCCGCUUUAGGAAUGAUUCUGUAACAUCAUCGGACUACCUAAUUCAGAACCUAGCCAUGAGUGGCAAAGUAGCAGCCACACCCGUCACCUCUACCUCCCCUCCCGCAGUUCCUCCACUGGCUCACCCUUGUCCUUCACUCCGUGAUGCCCACCUGUCCGAUGAACAAGAAGCCACUACAACAUUCUGCAUGCUUAUACCAAAGAUGUCCCAAUGGAAAUUUUCUAACCCUUCAGGGUUCUUGAGUCGAAGCCCAUCCACUGCAAGCAAGGAUCUAACCUCUGCAAAACCAGGGCCUCUGGGUGAAGUGAGUGGGCCCAUAGCUAGUUUGGCUACUGUCCUGAACUCCUGUGACCCAGUGUGCUCUACUCCUUGUUCCCUGCAGGUAAUGAGUCGUUUCCGAAGUGCAGUUGCAGCAGGAGGAGGAAAGAAGAAUCGCGCUGAAGACAUAAAACUGGCUGGAGAAGAGUGGAAUCGAAAAGGCAGCUUUAUUAACAAGCCAUCCCAAGGCUGGCUUCAUCCAGAUGAGAACAUUUGUGGUCCAGGGGUAUCUUACAUUGUCCGGUACAUGGGCUGCAUUGAAGUUCUGAGAUCCAUGAGGUCACUUGAUUUUAACACUCGGACUCAGGUUACAAGAGAGGCCAUCAACAGAUUGUACGAAGCAGUUCCUGGUGUGAAGGGUGCCUGGAAAAAGAAGCCUCCCAACAAGGUGCUUUUCUCAGUCCUGGGUAAAAGCAACCUUCGGUUUGCUGGAAUGAGUAUCGCCAUUAAUAUUUCUGUCGAUGGGCUAAACCUCCUGAUUCCCACAACCAGGCAGAUUAUCGCUAACCAUCACAUGCAGUCCAUUUCAUUUGCAUCAGGCGGAGACACGGAUAUGGCAGAUUAUGUCGCCUAUGUUGCAAAGGACCCAGUUAACCAAAGAGCUUGCCAUAUCCUGGAAUGCUGUGAUGGAUUAGCACAAAACGUUAUCAGUACAAUUGGUCAAGCUUUUGAACUGAGAUUCAAGCAGUACCUGCACAGCCCACCAAAAUUGGUCACACCACUGGACAGAAUCACAGGAACCAAAGACUCCACCUGGGGAGAUGAAGAAGACAGUGGAGAACACGAUUACUAUAACAGCAUUCCAGGAAAAGAGCCUCCUCUUGGUGGAGUAAUCGAUUCAAGGUUAAGAUUCGGGACACCACUAAGCCACAUACAUACACAGCCUCCAACAGCAAAUAGCAUCACACAGGUUUGCUCUCCAGCACACAGAGACCAAAAUCUUCAUCCCGGCCCCCACUGGGAACCUGAUCUUCACAAGUUAUCAGGAAUGACUAGUGAUGGAUAUCUCCGAGCAGAUGGCAAACCUCCUGGAAGUCAAGAUUAUGAAGAUCACAUGUAUGUGAACAUGCAGAGCAUGGAAAACUGGGAGAGUGAUUCAGCACGACAGCGAUCAUUUGACGAGAGCCCUAAAAAAGACUUAUUUGACAUGAGGCCUUUUGAAGAUGCUCUCAAGUUACAUGAGGCUGGACCUUUUGGUACCCCACCUUUAGAGGACCAGUGGCCAAGUCCACCAACUCGAAAAGCCCCCAUUGCCCCAACAGAAGAACAGCUUAAGCGGGAACCAUGGUACCAUGGGAGGAUGAGUCGGAAAGAUGCUGAAAAGCUACUGCAAAUGGAUGGAGAUUUCCUGGUGAGAGACAGCAUGACCAAUCCAGGUCAGUAUGUCUUGACAGGCAUGGACAAUGGACAGCCCAAACACCUGCUGCUAGUGGAUCCAGAAGGGGUGGUUCGAACAAAAGAUGUCUUGUUUGAAAGCAUCAGCCAUCUCAUCAGCUAUCACCUACAGAAUGAGUUGCCAAUUGUUGCAGUUGAGAGUGAAGUCCACCUCAGGCAGAUAGUAAGGAAGAACUGAUAAGCAGAAGGAAUCUAUCUAAACAGCAUUAACAGCUUAUUGGAGUUGCACCCAGAAUGCCUUGCAAAUCAGUGACUGUUGCCUUAGAUGAAGUGGAAUUGAACUGGGCACUACAUGCUGACUGUAUGGGAUGAUAAAGGAAUACUACAGCCAUAUAUUCUAUAGUAGUGAGAGGAACUACUUAAGACUUCAUGAAGUAAAUGGUGCCAUUUAGAAUGGUACUAGACACAGAGCCCUACACGCAGGGUAUCACCAAAGUGUUUCACUAAAAGCCAUCUUGAAGGCCAAGGAAUUGGAGUGAGAGGAAAGGAAUGCCUGGACAGAAUAAAGGCAGACUGCUGUGUUGUUUUCAUGGACAUGAUGUUUGAAAAAGCAGCAGAAAGUAUUCCGUUUCCUUCUUCCUAGUCCUCCUCCCACAUGCUGGGUCUGUAUACGACUGUAAUCUGUAUAUAUAUAUAGAAGAAUAUUUAUUUCUCAGUUAUUAAUUCACAGAUGUGAAUGUAAUUAUAGGCCGCAAAUUUUUGCUUAAGAUUUUUUUAAAUAAAUACAACUUAAAUAA